AAAUGGCAGUGUCGACAUUUCUCUUCAAACUCAAAACACAUACUGUAUAAACUGAAAUAAAAUUUUCAAGAUUUAAUUUCACUUUAAAUAACUAAACUAAUAUUUAGUUGAAUAACAAUUGUUUUUGAUAACUGCUGCGCAUCUGCGUUGCAUUGAGUCAGCCAACUUCUGGCACCUAGAAACGGGUAUUUCAGCCAAGGAUGAACAAAUUCAAUUCCACAGUUCCUGCAAAUUUUUGGGUUUUGCUUCAGAAACUGCAUUUUUAAUGUCACCCCACAAGUUUUCAAUGGGGUUGAGGUUUGAGCUGGCCCCUCAAUUACCUCAAUCCUUUUUGUCUGGAACCAAGACGCUCGCUUACUUGUGUGUUUAGGGUCUUGUUAAAACAGGGGAAUUUCCUCUUCAGCAUAUGGCAACAUAAUCUCUUCCAAGUAUUUUGAUGUAUUCUAACUGAUCCAUCAUUCCUGGUAUACCAUGAUUUUUGCACCACCAUGCUUCACUGUCUUCACAGCGUACUGUGGCUUGAAUUCAGUACCCGGUGGUCAUCUAACGUACUGUUGAUGACCGCUAGACCUGAAAAGAACAAUUUUACUCAUCAGUCCACAGAAUGUUAUGCCAUUUGUCUUUGGGCCAAUCGAUAUGUUCCUGGGCAAAUUUUAACCGAUUCUGCACAUGUCGUUUUUUUCAACAAUGGUGCUUCUUGCUGAUAGCUUAGCUUCGAUCAAACACUACUACUAAUAACAGCAGUUCAUCAGGUUACUGAUGUUGUACUGCUAUUUUUUUAACUGUACUUCACUGUCAAGUCCUUCAAUGUGGCAUCUUGACCUGAAAACCUGAAGCCUUAUUAGUUAAUAGCUAAACAGAGCAAAAAAUUAAUUCCUGUAGCACAAUUAGAAUGAAUUUCAAUGUAAAAUAUACUGCAUGCUACAAGUUUUCAAUCAGCGGUUCAAAACUGUCCUGGAGUACCCCUGUGUAUGCUGGUUUUUAUUCCAACCCCAAUUUCCAUUGAAUAGUUUUAACAAGCUCUUAAUCCUUAAAUCACAUGUUCAUAUUGUGCUUUUUGCACAUGGAAAUCUUAUUUAUGGUAUGUAUAGCUAUCUGUCUAAACAUUAAAAGCACGUAAUUAAAUUAACAGCUUGUUAACAACGGGAUUGUAAUUGUGGUUGGAAUGAAAACCAGUAUACACAGGGGUAACGUUACUCGAGGACCGAGUUUGGGAACCACUGCUUUAAAUGGUGGUUUAGAUCCGUUGUUAAUGAUUGUAUAUCGAUUACACUUACCAGCCUAUAAGCCAGGAGCUGUGUUACAAGAAAGAACAGACUUUCUGAGGUCUGAAUGGGUUCGUGCUUGAAGACACCCCGGUCAACAAAGGGUCUUGGAGUGCGUUCUGGAUGCAGAACUGCUGCAAGUCAGCCGCUGCCUGAGACACCUGGACGAGAGUGGGAUUCACACAGCUAAUGCAAACAAUAUAUAUAUAUAUAUAAUAUCGCAAAUUCAUAUUGCCAUUGCAUCGUAUACAAAACCGCGUCAGAUACACCAUGUAAUUCCCAAGGCGAACCCGUUGACAGACAGUAAUAGGCUAAAUGGGAUAAUGUUGUUGGAGCUGCAUGUAUUCUACGUACCAGAAGAGAAAUGGAAUUCAAAACUCAAUAAAGCGCCAGUUGAAGCCAUCGACACAUUCAUAUCUGGUGGCUUUAUUAGAGUGUAUCCCAACAUAAGUUUAGAAACUCUCAGGGAUGAACUUGGUGGGCUUCUUGGGGCAGAGAAGACAAUUGACAACUUCUCAUUUUUGAAAUGUGUUGGUAGAAGUUUGGCAUUGGUCAAAGCCAAACAAGAAAGGGAACUGAAAGUGAAGUCCUUUGUCCCUCCAUGUGCACCUCAUCCAGAAUUGUACCUGCUGCCCAUGGUGGAACAUAGUGACAGUUUUCUCUCACAUUCACUCACACCAGAUAGGCAGAGCUACCACACAGACCUUCAUAUGUACUCUGCCAAGAGUUUCUGCGUCCCUACUGCAACAAAAAAAUCCUCUAAAUCCCCCCAGAUCAAACGGCAAUCUCCCAAAACACAGAUCAUGCAAAGUCUGGGGUGCUUCAGCUCUAGUGAUGAGAAGGAAGAAGAUCUUCUCCACUCUCAAGAGCCAGAGUGGGAUGAAGCUCACAGCCACCUGGGGAGAGAACGAGAGCAGUCCCCGUCUAUUCUAGCACAGGAAGAAAUUGCUCCAGCCUCAGAGCUAAAAGAUAAAAGCAAGACCUUUGUAACGAUGGGGCCCCGUUUCCGAAGAAACCGCACUAGAGAUUCUGGAGUUCCCGAGUCACUGGAGGAUUGUGAUUCUGGAUUCACCCUCUCCAAAGCCAGGAACUCAAAAGGCUCACAGCCAUUUAAGUACAUUGGCAAGAAAUCAAAUUAUCAGGUCCGGAGAAAUCUCCCCCAUCUGCCCACUCCCGCACAGUCUUCCCCACCCACAGUGCUUCCUCAUCAUGCCAUAGCAACAUGCAAAACCACUGCGACAGUUGUCCUCACAGACAGAGAUGAGUUGAUUGAGCAGCUUAAAGUGGUGAGAGAAGAGAGGAAGCAGCUUGAAAGGACUCGACAAGGUCUGUUGCGGAAAGGCAAAGACCUACUAGUGCAGAACAGAUACCGUAGGAAUCAAGCACGGGACAGUUGGAAGAGGAAGUACUUUGAUACAAAGAAGGCCACAGAACCCCUGGAGAGCACACUAAAAAGUCUCAGACAGGACCUGGAAGCAUUUUAUCAUAAACUGCUCCAUCAGCUACAAGCAAGGGAUGGCAGACGGAAAACCAAACGCCUGGGGAAACGUUACGCCAAGAAUGAGCUCAUCAUCCAGAUUAUUUCAGAGAGCCAUGAACUUGACAAGCUAAAAAAGAAAGUGGAUGAUGCCAAAAUGAAACUUGUCACAGAGCUGAAGCUCCGGAAGCAGGCUGCAACAGAACUUCAGGUACUGAAAGCAGAGCUGAUACAGAAGGUCCAGUCUUCUUUUCCCGUACCACACAAAAAACUUGGGUCCCAAAGCAGGUCUAAAUCCUGACAUUUCAAAGAUUUUCAACUCAAUCAUAAGUAACAAAGAAUGAUGUUUUUUUGUGUGUGAAGAAGCUGUUGUUCUCAAAAGGUAAUCAAGUGUUCAGUAAUUCCAAACAAGAUUGUCAGAGGUGUGAAACCCACUUGUUUAUUGCUUGGAUUCUUGAGUAUGGGUUAUCAUUUUGUAUUUCAAUUUUUUUUGUUGUAAUUCAUCAGUUUAUUAAAGGCUCUGGAAUAAAAUACAAAAAUACUGUAAUAUUUCCAAAGCAAUGUAUUAUGUAUUAUCUUAGCACAUAAAUGAAAAAAAUCAAGGCAACAGUUUGAAAAAUGUUAUGUACCACAAAAUGAUCAUAAUAAAGUGCUCGGUGAAUGUA